UUUCUCCCACUAUCUCAUUCUCACACACACACUGCGAAACACAAAAAACAACAAAAAUGGCAAUCGGUUACAGAGACACCGCCGGCGAUUCCACCUCUGCCGACGACCCGCUCUUCCUAUGGCUUCAGAAGAUUAAAAAUUCGACGGAAGAUCUACUCUCUGGUAGAAAUUCCGGCGAAAAUCUCGAUAAGCUUCUACAUGACUGUAUCUCAACAUACAAGCAAGACGCUCGCUACAGAAAUGACGUCAGAUUCCUCAAGAUCUGGUUUCUCUACCUUGAGGGCAGUGAAGAUUUUGAGAGUGUUUAUAGAGAAGUUGAAGAGAACGAGAUAUGCAUAGGGCAUUCGCUGCUCUAUGAAUGGUAUGCUAUUUUUCUCGAGGCCAAAGGAUUAUGGCGAAGAGCUAAUUUGGUUUAUCGAACUGGUCUUUCCAGGAAGGCUGAACCAUUUCACAGGUUAAAAGAGGCACACUCAUUGUUCUUACAAAGAAUCUCAAAGAGGACCAAAUCAUCUUCCCUUGAAAAGGUUGGUAAUGAUGCUCAGGCCACUGACUCUGGGACGGGUUUUGUAAAUCCCUGGGCAACCUCCACUGUGGAAGACUUACUUCACAAGAUAAAACCAGAGCUUGUGAAAUAUGAUGGUUACUAUAUAAGCAACAAACGUUUUCCUGGAAAAGCCAACCUGUCAACUUUGCAGAAUUUUUCCAGAAAUAAGAUCAUUGAGAUAGGUGGAAGGAAGUACCAGAUCAAGGGUUGUGCUGGUCAAGGUGGCUUUGCUCCAGUGUUCAAAGCAUACAUUGACAGCAAUCCUGAUGAAGUAGUUGCUCUAAAGGUACAAAAUCCACCUUUCCCUUGGGAAUUCCAAAUGUAUCGCCAGCUUGAUUGCAGGAUCCCAGAGAACCAAAGAUCAAGUUUUGGGUUGGCUCAGAGAGUGCACGUGUAUUCAGACUACAGUAUACUUGUGUGCGAUUAUCUAUCACACGGGACACUCCAGGACGUCAUAAACUCGUAUGUCGUUGUUGGCAAGUCCAUGGAAGAAGUUUUGUGCAUGUAUUACACAAUAGAGAUGCUGUACAUGCUGGAAUCUUUGCACAGCGUUGGAAUCAUUCAUGGUGAUUUCAAGCCAGACAAUCUACUGAUUCGAUACCCUCCAGAAAACUUAACUGAGACUGGAUUUCAUGAGAAAACAGGUUCUUCGAGCAAUCAGGGUCUCUGUCUUGUCGACUGGGGUAGAGGAAUAGACUUGAGCCUGUUUCCAAGCACCACCGAGUUUACUGGCGAUUGUCGUACCUCAGGCUUUCGUUGCACGGAGAUGAAGGAGAACAAACCUUGGAAGUUUCAGGUGGACACUUACGGACUUUGUGUAAUCGUGCACAUGAUGCUGCACAACACCUACAUGGAGGUUGGAAAGAAACAGGCACUCGAUGGUGGCCACAUAAAUUUCCCAAGAACUUCUUUUAAAAGAUACUGGAAUGUGGAUCUGUGGAAGGAACUGUUCACGAAGCUGCUCAACAGAGAGACGUGUGGGGAUGACACGGAGACACUGAGGAAUCUGAGAAAGACUAUGGAAGAGUAUUUAUGCUCUGAUCCUAAGCUCAUGAACAAGCUUAACGAGUUACUCACCAAACAACGUGUCUCUUUAUGUUCUUCGUAAUUAUUUCGAAUUUGGGGUAGUUAAAGAGUCUCUGUAAAGUCUGUUUGUGUAAAAAACAUUGAGAGGCUUUGCUUGCCUCUCAAGUAACACGCAUUUUGUGAGGGAGGAUGGUUCAUGUCAGAGACAUUAGGCGGAGCGCUCGGCUGAAAAGCCAUAAAUCCUUACAAAACAGACAAAAAUGCUAUCACUCUAAUAAUUAAUUUCUU